CGACGUGCGCGUUCAUCUUGACCCCACGCUCCAGCGCGCACCCGGCGGCUGGGAGCUGUGGUUUCUGGGCCCCCCGGGAACCCCAACACAAACCAGCGUAAAGCGCGCGUGCCCAUUUGAGGCGGGUGUUCGGAGGGUGGCGAAUGCGCGCCCGGGACCUGCGGGGACUUUAGAAGAGCCCCGGAGCUUGGGGCAUAAAGGCUCAAGAAGCUUGGCGAACCAGCCUAGAGUUCAUAUUUACCAACCAAAAAAUACUUGAAAAUGAGUAGCCGGCGGAAACGUGCUCCUCCAGUGAGAGUUGAUGAGGAAAAGCAGCAGCAGCUUCAUUGGAAUAUGCAUGAAGACAGAAGGAAUGAACCUCUCACGCUAACUGAUGAUGAGCACCCCUCAUCGGGUUCAGAUUUCUCUUCUGCUCACUGUAUCAUCCUAGAUGAUAGUCUAAAGGAAGAAGUGGCUCACCAAGAUAAGAAGAGGUGUUCCGAGGCAGUGAGCAUCUCAAAAUCGAAGGAUAAAGAAGAAACUGGUGGCAUUUUUUCUCCUUUAUCUGCAAAGCUGAAUAUCGUGAUUUCUCCCUAUCACUUCGACAAUUCUUGGAAGGCAUUUCUGGGAGAAUUAACUCUUCAGCUUCUUCCUGAACAGAGUUUAAUUGAACAUUUUUCUGAAAGGAGUUUUACACUGAUGAGUUCAGAGUCAAGCAGUCAUUUCCUGAUCUAUGUUAAUUCAGAAUGUGAAGAUGUAGAGAAACAAGAAAAAGGACUCAGUGAGCCAAUUAGUAUUUGUGACAAGGGUAUUAGAGUGGAAUCAUCCUUCAGUGGUGAAAUGUUAGAAGAUUUGGGGUGGCUACAAAAGAAAAGAAGAAUAAAACUUUACCAAAAACCAGAAGGAAAUCACAUGAUCAAGGUUGGAAUUUAUCUUUUGGAAGGUGGCCUAGCGAAACUAGACUUUUUGAGUGAUGCCAAUUCAAGAAUGAAGAAGUUCAAUCAACUCAUGAAAAGAGUGAUGGAAAAGUUACACAAUUUUGUUAUUCCAGAUGUGUUGGAAGAGGAUGAGGAUGAUUCAGAGAGUGAGCCAGAAGGACAGGAUAUUGAUGAGCUCUAUCAGUUUGUGAAGCAAACACAUCAGCAAGAAGCACAGUCCAUCCAAGUGGAUGUCCAGCAUCCUGCAUUGAUUCCUGUGUUGAGACCAUACCAGAGAGAGGCUGUCAAUUGGAUGCUACGACAAGAGCGUUUCAGAAGCCCUCCUACUAGUGAAAAUGCCCUGCACUUCUUAUGGCGUGAGAUUGUUACAUCUGAGGGUUUGAAACUCUACUAUAAUCCAUAUACAGGCUGCAUCAUCCGUGAUUACCCAAAUGCUGGGCCACAGUUGCUUGGUGGCAUCUUAGCAGAUGAGAUGGGUCUUGGAAAGACAGUGGAGGUUUUGGCUCUGAUUCUGACACAUACUCGACAGGAUGUCAAACAAGAUGCUCUCACUCUUCCCGAGGGAAAAGUGGUGAAUUAUUUCAUUCCAUCACAUUAUUCUGGAGGAAAAGUAAAAAACACAGAAACCCAGAAUAUGGAAUUUGAACCAAAAGAAAAAGUUCAGUGCCCACCUACACGUGUGAUGAUCCUGACAGCUGUGAAAGAAAUGAAUGGAAAGAAAGGAGUUUCCAUCCUUUCCAUCUAUAAGUAUGUCAGUUCUAUAUAUAGAUACGAUGUUCAGCGGAACAGGAGUCUUCUGAAACGGAUGCUGAAAUGUUUAAUUUUUGAAGGUCUUGUGAAACAGAUCAAAGGCCAUGGUUUUUCUGGAACUUUUACAUUGGGGAAGAAUUACAAGGAAGAGGAUAUAUGUGAUAAAACAAAAAAACAGGCGGUAGGGAGUCCAAGGAAAAUUCAGAAAGAAUCCAGAAAAUCAGGGAACAAAGACACAGAUUCUGAAUACUUACCAUCAAACACAUCUGAUGAUGAUGAUGAUCCUUACUAUUAUUACUAUAAGGCUCGGAAAAAUCGUAGUAAAUUCAGGAAAAAGCCUGUUCCAUCCACAAAAAAGGGAAAAGAUCAGCCUAACAUCAGUCUCAGUUCACAAGAUCAGUGUCCAGCUACCAGUGACUCUGGAAUUACUGAUGUUACCACAUCUAAAAGUACAUGUAUCUUUGAAGGAAAGCAAGAACAUGCAGCAGGAGACCAAGCUGAAUCACCUGCUGAUGGUGAUAUGCCACAGUCUACUGUGAUGAGUCCCUGUAAUUCCUCUGAUUAUCGCUUUGAGUGCAUAUGUGGUGAACUUGACCAAGUAGACCGUAAACCUCGUGUUCAGUGCCUGAAGUGCCACCUAUGGCAACAUGCAAAAUGUGUGAAUUAUGAAGAGAAGAAUUUGAAGAUUAAACCUUUUUACUGCCCCCACUGCCUUGUUGCGAUGGAGCCAGUAUCAACAAGAGCAACUUUGAUCAUCUCGCCCAGUUCCAUCUGUCAUCAGUGGGUGGAUGAAAUCAACAGGCAUGUGAGGUCAUCAUCUCUUCGAGUCUUGGUAUACCAAGGAGUGAAGAAAGACGGUUUUUUACAACCUCAUUUUUUGGCUGAACAGGAUAUAGUUAUCAUUACCUACGAUGUCCUUCGUUCAGAACUAAACUAUGUAGAUAUCCCACACAGCAACAGUGAGGAUGGGCGUCGCCUACGGAACCAGAAGCGCUAUAUGGCCAUUCCCAGCCCCCUUGUAGCUGUGGAGUGGUGGAGGAUCUGCCUUGAUGAAGCCCAGAUGGUUGAAUGCCCUGCUGUAAAAGCAGCAGAAAUGGCUCAGCGCUUGAGUGGGAUUAAUCGCUGGUGCAUCAGUGGCACUCCAGUGCAGAGAGGAUUAGAGGAUCUUUUUGGGUUGGUGGUCUUUCUUGGUAUUGAACCUUACUGUGUCAAACACUGGUGGGUUCGACUUCUUUAUCGCCCUUACUGCAAGAAGAAUCCUCAGCUCCUCUACAGCUUUAUUGCCGAGAUACUCUGGAGGUCUGCAAAGAAAGAUGUGAUUGACCAAAUCCAGAUACCUCCUCAGACAGAAGAAAUCCACUGGCUUCACUUUUCUCCAGUGGAAAGGCAUUUCUAUCACCGUCAGCAUGAAGUAUGCUGCCAGGAUGCUGUAGUAAAACUCAGGAAGAUUUCUGACUGGGCACUGAAGCUCAGUAGCCUGGACCGAAGGACGGUUACCUCUAUCCUAUAUCCACUGCUGAGGCUCAGGCAGGCCUGCUGCCACCCACAGGCGGUUCGUGGGGAAUUCUUGCCACUCCAAAAAAGCACUAUGACAAUGGAAGAGCUGCUGACAUCUCUGCAGAAGAAAUGUGGAACUGAAUGUGAAGAAGCACAUCGGCAGCUAGUUUGUGCUCUCAAUGGCUUAGCAGGCAUCCACAUCAUUAAAGGUGAGUAUGCCUUGGCAGCAGAGCUGUACAGAGAAGUGUUGCGUUCAUCUGAGGAACACAAAGGAAAACUCAAAACGGAUUCACUUCAGAGACUUCAUGCUACCCAUAACUUGAUGGAACUGUUGGUAGCCAAACACCCAGGAAUACCUCCUACCUUACGAGAUGGCAGACUUGAGGAAGAGGCCAAACAGCUGCGAGAGCAUUAUAUGAGCAAGUGUAACACAGAAGUGGCUGAAGCCCAGCAGGCUCUGCAGCCCGUGCAGCAGACCAUACGGGAGCUCCAGAGGAAGAUUUAUUCUAAUUCUCCUUGGUGGCUGAAUGUGAUCCACAGAGCAAUAGAAUUUGCUAUUGAUGAGGAACUUGUUCAGCGAGUGCGAAAUGAAAUAACGAGCAACUACAAGCAACAAAUUGACAAGCUUUCUAUGUCAGAGAAGUUCCAUGACUGCAGAGGUCUUCAGUUCUUACUUACAACACAAAUGGAGGAGCUAAAUAAAUUCCAGAAGCUAGUAAGAGAAGCUGUAAAAAACCUGGAGGGGCCUCCAUCUCGUAAUGUUAUUGAAUCAGCAACAAUCUGCCACCUCCGACCAACAAGACUUCCUCUCAACUGCUGUGUCUUUUGUAAGGCUGAUGAAUUGUUCACAGAGUAUGAAUCAAAGCUGUUUUCCCACACUGUCAAAGGCCAGACUGCAAUAUUUGAGGAGAUGAUAGAAGAUGAAGAAGGGCUGGUGGAUGAUCGAAUACCCACCACUAGCCGGGGUCUGUGGGCAGUAAGUGAGACAGAGCGAUCUAUGAAAGCAUUGCUGUCAUUUGCAAAGUCACACAGAUUUGAUGUUGAAUUUAUUGAUGAAGGAAGUACUUCAAUGGACCUUUUUGAAGCAUGGAAGAAAGAAUAUAAGUUGCUUCAUGAGUAUUGGAUGGCUCUGAGGAAUCGUGUAUCUGCUAUUGAUGAACUUGCAAUGGCUACAGAACGAUUAAGAGUACGUCAUCCUAAGGAGCCAAAGCCUAAUCCACCUGUUCUUCAUAUCAUUGAACCACAUGAGGUAGAACAAAAUCGCAUAAAACUACUAAAUGAUAAAGCUGUUGCUACUUCACAGCUUCAGAAAAAGCUUGGGCAGCUUCUUUACCUAACAAACUUGGAGAAGUCUCAAGAUAAAACAUCAGGAGGCAUUAAUCCAGAACCUUGUCCAAUCUGUGCUCGGCAGCUGGGAAAACAGUGGGCAGUACUGACCUGUGGACACUGUUUCUGUAACGAGUGCAUUUCAAUUAUUAUUGAGCAGUACAGCGUGGGGUCUCAUAGAAGCUCCAUUAAGUGUGCCAUCUGCCGCCAGACCACAUCUCACAAAGAAAUCUCGUAUGUCUUCACCUCCGAGAAAGCCAACCAGGAAGAAGAUAUCCCUGUGAAGUGAAACAUCUGGAUGGAAAAGAACUGAUUCCAAAAUUGAGACUGGGCCUAAAAUAAUUGGGUGAAUAUAAUCCAUAAGCUUUAUUUAUUUGAGUAUACUUAAGUAUAUCUAAAUAUUUUUAUAUAAAAUACUUGUAUAUGGACAUUAACUGGUAAUUUUAGAAUGUAAUUGUUUUUGUUAGAAAAAUGGCAUGAGUAAGUAUAAUUAUAAUCACAAAAAAACAUUUUCUGUUCAUUGGCCAAGUUAGUAAUUCUGAACUGUUGGGGCUCAGAAUUACAACUCAAUUACAAAUUCAGAGUCUGGAUUUAAGUUAGCAAUAGCUUACAAAAAAUCAGACACACAAUAGAGAGUUUAAGAUGUAAAUUAUCUUUAUGAAGUUACCAUUCUGAAAAACGUACACUUUGCUGGGUAUAAACUCCAUUAAUGUGGAAAGGACAUUGUUCGUGAAGUGGGGACUUCGGUUUAUUCACUACUAUAUCCCCAGCAUCUAGAAAAAUACCUGGUAAGUAACAGGUCCUCAGUAAGUAUAAAUGGUUGGAUGGAUGGAAGGAUGGACGGACGGAUGAACCAGAUAAGCAGUUGAUUACUCUUUUUACAUAUAAUAUCUCUAAAAGCCUUUGGGUACAAAUAAAAUUUUUGACUUUUUUCUAGUUGUUAACCUGUCUCUUUAAAAUCAUUAUGCAAAGUGUUUAAAGAGACAGAAUGAUAUUUUCAUGGCCUAGUGCACUUGUAAGAUUUCCCACUGCAUGGGUGGCAUUUCCAUUGAACUUCAUUCAAGUAGCACGUGAAUGCUUGAAGAAUCCGGCCCUUGCCCCAGGCAUAUGCUUGAGAAGUGAUCCUACUUCAUGAAACCAGUCAUGCAAGCUCUAAAACUGCACUAAAUUGUAUCUGUCACUACUGACAUGGGUUUUUAGCAUGGUGAACAGGUGCAGACAGAAAUAAAACAAUGUUAACUGAUCUUACUCUGCAGAAACUACUAUGGAUAGCACAGGCUCAUUCAAAGAGUAAGAUGUCUUUCAAAAAGAAGUGUCCAGAAUAAAAGUAACAAAAGUCAGGUAACACCAAAACAGAAACAACUUUAUACUGAACUUUCGAGUUAUUUGCAAGUUAUAAGCCCACAGUGAAAACCUAGAGAAAAAAAUCUGUUAUCUGUCACCGUGUUAAAAUCCAGUUGGUCAUGUUACUGGUUAGAGGACAUAGUUCCCUUUUUGAGGGGGGAGGGGGAUUAAGUUGUUUAAAUUUGUCUUCUUUAAAGUGAUGUUUUUCAGUCAGAUGAAAUCUUCCCAAAAAUCUCUAAUCUCAACUCCUUUGUAGUAUGUUUUAAUGACUGCAAAACUCAACCCAUGUAAUAACUGGAAGACUAAAAUAAAACCUGUGCUGUGUUUCAAAUGGGAUUGCCUUACCUCUCACAAAGCUGAAACUCCUUAGCUAUGGCAGGUGCCACUGGUUAGGCAUCCAUAUGACCCUAGAGCAAGAGGAGGCGCUGCGGGACCAGCAGCACCCAGCUCUCAAGCCCUGACAGAUUCAGAGGGCUGGUGUGCCUGUGAGGUGACAACUUUAAGUUAUAGGCCUCCCUCCCAUCCCCUUGGAUCUCUUGUCCAUCUGUAAGAAAUAAGGGAAGACAAAAAGUUUAUUUAUUUUUUAGUGGUAAUAAUUUACACAAAAGAAAAAUAAAUUCAGAAUAAAAUGGAAUGCAGUUGUCCUUCAUUCUACCUUAUUUGCCUUGCCACUAUGAUCAGUUUCUGGUUUUAGUUCUAAAGAUCACCUGUAUGACUUUCAAUAAAACACAUAGGUUUUGUUUCUUAAAACACUAGGACACACCGGAUCUGCUGUCUCCUCACUUCAGAAUAUGAGGAAAUUAGUGCAUCUGUUCCUCUUUCAGUUUUUUGUCUCUCUUCUACAUCCUAAUUUUUGUUAUAGUAUCAUAUGGUAUCAUUUUUAUAUUAUGAUGUUCAAUAGCUUUCACAUUUUAUUACUUAAUUAUCAGUAUGUCUUCCAUAUCUACAGGGAGUCAGUAAAAUAGUGAACAAUAUUAUACACUGUAGAACCAUGCAGAGUGAUUGAAGUCAUGUAGAAAGGAAUAUGAUUCUAAUCUUGUGGAUUUAAACUUUGUUUUUGAAGAAAAACCUUCCAAGCACUCCCAUCUAAUGGAACUUCUGACGUUUUUCUGGAAAGCUUUCUUGAUGUCUGUGUCAACUUUACCUGGUACUAAGAUCCCUGUAAUGCUCAUUGUAGUAUUUUUUUUCACUGUGCUGUACACUUAAAGAAAUUUUAUCAUGAUGAGUGUGUGAAUGGCAAAUUCCAGAAAAUUACUUCAUUUUGCUUUCACUUUUGAGUGGUAAGUGACUGACAACCUCCUUUAAUGUAAGCCAUGAUUUGAUAUGUUUCACAUACUAGUGUGUAUGUAUUUAACAUAUAUGGAAUAUUUGUGUGUAAGGUCUCUAAAUAUAUGUAUAUUGACAUAAAGUAGUUGCCAAAUAAUAUUCUCUAACAUUUGGUGAAAAAUAAGACUGCGUUCAUCAUCUUCACUGUUCGACUUUCUUCUAAUGUUCUUCAAGACCCAGCAGCCACUUUAGCCGUUAAUUCUGCCAGUGGAGCAAAGCCAUAACCAUGCGAAUCCGUAGAUACUACAGCGAAAAAGUAAG